UAGCCUGCGUUUAACAGUCGAGGAACUUUACUUGCCAAUUACACCUCCUGCUAUAAAGCAAUUCUUGCGAAAGUUCCUUACGGUGCAAGUAAUUUACAAACCGGCCAGUCGGGACCGCCGACUGCUAAUUUGUUUCACACCCACGUUGUGGAAUUUUGUUAUGAACCAACAUUACAAAUCUGCAAUGCAGACGAGGCUUGCAAUAUUCCUGAUUUUGCUGCUCAUGGCAUCUCCAACAGCAACGGCAAGCACAUAUACAUACUUCUCAGCAGCCUCUACAGCAUUCAAAAGCUUGCGAACAGUUUCCUCUCUACUUCACUCUCUCAUGACCAGAGUGGCCUCUCUCAGGACCUCACGAGGAGACUACACAGGGGCACAGAGAGCUAGAAGUAUUGCAGCGGGAUUUGAGAACAGUGUAAAAUGGUGGAGAAUAGCAGGGUCGAUGGGGUGGGAUUACAUUGCUCAUUAUGCAUGGAAGGAGUCUCUAUCUCGUCCUUCUGAUUACUUACAAAUCAUGUCUUCUUUCAACGAACUUCUUUCAGCCUAUGGGGAGCUGAUGCAAGUGAGGUCUGAGGUGGAGAAAGUGCGGUGGAUUUCACAGAAUUAUCAGAGGGUAAUGAGAACCUGCAAGUUGCUUUUGAAGAAGCUCUUGGGUAUUUUCAGUCAAUCUGGUCCUCUUCGAGAAAGUAUCCUAGCCAUUCAGAAAGAAAUUAUCGAAGGAGACUUGAUAGGAGACCUAUUACAACUUGGAGCAGCUGAUGUCAAGGGUCUAUUACAGAUCGCUAAGGACAUGAUAUCCAGGUUUUUGGCACCUUCUUCAGCAGAACGAGAAUCUUCUCAUGCAGAGCUUUAGUUUUCCUACUCUCAUGUUGUACUUCAGAAAAAUUAGCACCGUGGAAAAGUUUAUUUGUUCGAUCAGGGGAUUAUUGUCUGUGAUGAAGGAAAUAUCAUUUAAAUACUGUUUAUAUAGUUUGCUUCUGGCAGAGGCAAUUCUUGGCAGUUGGCAACUUGAGUUACUUUCAACUGCUUAACUGUUGCUAGUGCACAAAAAUGAUUAUGCAAAGAAAACAUGACUCCCCCAUUUUGUGUCUAGAUGUCAAGUAAAAUGACUUAUACUGCUAAGACGAAUCAAUGUUUAGAUGAUUAUAACGAUUACAUCUUAAAAUGUUUCUUCUCCAUCAACUGCAGAAGAAUUAUGCAAAGAGAAGAUGACUCUCAUUUUGAGUCGUUUACUGAA